UGCCAGAAAAUGGAUAACUAAGUCAUCGGGGGUAUUGUAAGCGUCAAAAUGCUCCUUCCAUCGAGAUUGAGCACUUUGUCGUCUCAAUUCGAGUGCAUACACGCGCAGCAAGGGAGCGUGAGAAAACAUAUGAGUUUCUCAAUCAAUGAUAGGACUCCGACCCGUUUAAGUGAAAAGGAAACAACAUAAUCGUCGUCAAAGUGGACUCUCUCUAUUUGUUUUUCUAAGCUAAAACAAAAUAAAGGGAGACCAACAGUCUCUCUCUUUUCUCAGAUCAAUCAUCAUUUCGAUAAUUCCAAUAUUCUGAAUCUUAGAUUUUAAUUGGAAGGGAGAGAUUUUCGUGGAUCUUUUUGGUGUGGAGUAAUGGCUGUAGCUUCUGAUCAAGCCACCAGCAUCUGCACUCACUGUGACAGAGCAAUUCCUUCCACCAAUCUCGAUCUUCAUUUUGCUCACUGCUCCCGGAAUCUUGAAAAAUGUAAAAUCUGUGAGGAUAUGGUUCCUAGAAAAUUUGCAGAGGAACAUUACUUGAGCACUCAUGCUCCGGUUGCCUGUUCUCUGUGUAGCGAGACAAUGGAUCGUGAGAUUCUAGCUGUUCAUAAAGGUGAAAAAUGCCCAAAAAGGAUAGUGACAUGCGAUUAUUGCGAGUUUCCUUUGCCUGCGAUUGACUUAUUCGAGCAUCAGGAAGUAUGUGGCAACCGAACAGAAUUAUGCCAUCUUUGUAGCAGAUAUAUUAGACUGCGAGAAAGAGAUGCUCAUGAGGGUACAUGCAAUGGAAUCAUAAGUAGUAUUGCGGAAUCUUCCAGGAACGCACGUGCGACUGAAAGAGAACGUGGUCCUCCCAGAAGGCAGCCACAAGAAUUUUCCAAAAAGCGGCUUCUGUUUACAAUCGCGAUAACAGGCAUUGCUGUUUUAUUAGGCUCACUUCUUUUCCAGAGGAAAGUCUAGCAGACUCAAGUGCACUAAUACCGAGAACGCCGUCGGCAGGCUUUACCUUUCAUCUAUCAACUGAUAUAUCAAAUCACUAAAUUUUCUCACUGUCAAAGAACUUACCAUAAGCAAUAAUUAUAUGCCUAAAAUUUCUGUCUGUACAAGUAGUUAAUAUGUGAAUCCAUUUCUUCUGAGAUGAGUUGAACUGGUUACGGGUGUUAUAUGUAAAGUGGAAGUUAAUCAAACUGUAUCUUUAGUAGUAGUGAAAAUAAUGUGUUGCCCUUUUGAAAUUUUCUGUCCCUCAUAAAGUGGAAUCAAUUCUUAUUGAAGCAACUUGUGUUUGUAUCAAA